AAUGCAGUUUUUGUGAACUAGAAACUGAAUCUAUUGAACACUUAUUCAGCGGAGUCAAUCACCACCUUCCGGAGACACCUUUUGGGACUUUUAUUGUGAAGACCAAAGGAAAUAAAAGACCCGGAAGUUAUUCUCCACCGUCGCGCUAUGAUUGAAUCUGAGAAGAACGGAAGAUGAGGAGGGAGAACAUGUCCGAGACCCCUACCGAAGCGGGAAAGGAGAUGCCGACAAAAAAGCAGAAGCUGAGCAGUGAUGAAAACAGUAAUCCCGAUCUCUCUGCAGACGAGAAUGAUGAUGCUGUCAGCGUUGAGAGUGGGACCAAUGUGGAGCGCCCAGACACACCCACCAACACAGCCAACGCUCCAGGCAGGAAGAGCUGGGGCAAGGGCAAGUGGAAAUCAAAGAAGUGCAAAUACUCCUUCAAGUGUGUCAACAGCCUCAGAGAGGACCAUGGCCAGCCAUUAUUUGGGGUCCAGUUCAACUGGCACAGUAAAGAAGGGGACCCGCUGGUGUUUGCUACUGUUGGGAGCAACAGAGUAACACUGUACGAGUGCCAUUCCCAAGGAGAGAUCCGACUCCUGCAGUCAUACGUGGAUGCCGAUGCAGAUGAGAACUUCUACACCUGCGCCUGGACCUUUGACACCAGUACAAGCCAUCCCCUCCUGGCCGUGGCCGGGUCGCGGGGCAUCAUUCGGGUGAUCAACCACAUCACCAUGCAGUGUAUCAAGCACUAUGUGGGUCACGGGAACGCCAUCAACGAGCUCAAGUUUCACCCCAGAGACCCCAACCUCCUGCUAUCCGUCAGUAAAGACCACGCCCUUCGUCUGUGGAACAUCCAAACAGACACACUGGUGGCCAUCUUUGGAGGUGUAGAAGGCCAUAGAGAUGAAGUCCUCAGCGCAGACUUUGACCUGCUAGGUGAGAAGAUCAUGUCGUGUGGAAUGGACCACUCUCUGAAGCUCUGGACGAUCAACUCAGAGAGGAUGCAGAAAGCCAUUCACGGGUCCUAUGAAUACAACCCUUCCAAGACAAACAGGCCAUGGGUCUCUCAGAAGAUCCACUUCCCUGACUUCUCUACCAGAGACAUCCACAGGAACUAUGUGGACUGUGUACGCUGGCUGGGAGAUCUGAUUUUAUCCAAGUCGUGUGAGAACGCUAUCGUUUGUUGGAAACCAGGGAAGAUGGAGGACGAUAUUGACCGCAUCAAACCAAACGAGUCCAACGUGACAAUCCUGGGUCGCUUCGACUACAGCCAAUGUGACAUCUGGUACAUGCGUUUCUCCAUGGACUUCUGGCAGAAGAUGUUGGCUCUGGGAAACCAAGUGGGGAAACUGUACGUGUGGGACCUUGAGGUAGAGGACCCCCACAAAGCAAAGUGCACCAUCCUCACCCUCCCAAGAUGCACCUCUGCCAUCAGACAGACCAGCUUCAGCCGUGACAGCAGUAUCCUGAUCGCAGUCUGUGACGACGCCUCUAUCUGGCGCUGGGACCGCCUGCGAUGAAGACGACAUUGGCAACGAGCAGCCAAUUCUAUUAUGACAGACCAGUCACUUUGCUGUCAGGAACCAGAAACAUUUUCCAGGUACACAUUUUCUGUGUAUAGUCUGCAUCAGAUUUGUCCCAUGGAGGUGUUGUUUAACAUCUCAGGAACCACUCCCAACAUGACAACGGUGCUAUAGGUCUGCACUGAAACAUUUGUAUCUGGAACCCACCAAUUAUUUUCCUUUUGUUUCCCAUCUCCGGGUUACACUUAUACCAGCCCAUCCUUAUUAAAUCCAUGAGGGGGGUGAAAAGGUGAGCAAUUUGGGGAGAAGGGUGGAGAAUCAAAACUACAACCCUGGAGCUCUUCAAGCUUUCUCCUCCCUUCUUGCUAUUUAGUUCCCCUUUGCUUACUGUUCACUUUUUAAUGGGCUUUAAUAAAUGCUAUUUUUCUAAA